GUCAGUGGCACAGAGCUUCUUUAGCUGUUACACAAGACAAGGAGCAGCAUUUUGGAGCAUCAUUUUCAUCCUGAAACCUGCAAGAUUUCUGUAGCUCAGACGGGAGCAACAGUGCCAUAAAGAAAUGGGCUAGUUAUUUCCAGCUAGUGAGACCUGGGAGUAUUGUACACCAAAAGUGUUCAUAAAGAUCAGCACUAUGACUGAUGGGGACUAUGACUAUCUGAUCAAACUCCUAGCCCUGGGGGAUUCUGGGGUUGGGAAGACGACAUUCCUUUACAGAUACACAGACAACAAAUUCAAUCCAAAAUUCAUCACAACAGUAGGAAUAGACUUUCGGGAAAAACGUGUGAUAUACCAUAGCAGAGGACCGAAUGGAUCUCCAGGAAAAGCCUUUAAGGUCCAUCUACAGCUCUGGGACACCGCUGGGCAGGAAAGAUUUCGAAGUCUCACCACAGCAUUUUUCAGAGAUGCCAUGGGCUUUUUAUUAAUGUUUGAUCUCACCAGUCAACAGAGCUUCUUAAAUGUCAGAAACUGGAUGAGUCAACUGCAAGCCAAUGCAUAUUGUGAGAAUCCUGAUAUAGUAUUACUUGGCAACAAGGCUGACUUAUCAGAUCAGAGGGAAGUCAAUGAGAGACAAGCACGAGACCUUGCAGAUAAAUAUGGCAUACCAUACUUUGAAACAAGUGCAGCUACUGGGCAAAAUGUGGAUAAAGCUGUGGAAAUGCUCCUGGACUUGAUAAUGAAGCGCAUGGAACAAUGCGUUGACAAGACACAAGUAUCUGACACAGCCAAUGGAGGAAGCUCGGGGAAGCUAGAUUCAGCAAAGCCAGAGGAGAAAAAGUGUGCCUGCUAGACUUCACCUCUAAACUAUGCGAUGAUGAAGUAGAACUCAGUCCCUUGCCAUGACACUACCAUUUUUACCAGUGCAGACUUCUAGGUUUUCAUUCUGAACUGCUACAGUGUUUGGCAGCUACAAAACCGGUUUUUACACAGAUAAUCUUUGGAGCCCUGCAUUUGAGCAUAAGCCUUCUUUCAAAUACCCUAGGACCACAUGGACCUAAAAUGAAUUCACUUUCAUGUACCAUGUCCAGCAAAGAGUGACCGCUCUCAUUUUCAAGUAAUCUAGACUCGCUAUUUCAACUUUGCUAUUGCAUAAAUUAUGUGGUACGCAGUUAGAUCAGAAGCUCAAUAUCUGCUUUAUGUACAAACACAGAAGACUUGUAGUUUGGUUAACUAUCCCAAGGGUAUUGGAACAAUGAGUCCUGCAGUUAUACAUGUGUAUACAUAAGUAUUUAAUAUCAAUAUAAAACUUCUGCUCCUGCUAACCUUUCAUUUUUAAAUUGAAUUCUCACAUUGAUCCCUGUGUCCUGCUGGUUUCUGUCUUCUCUCCUAGAAAUGUGUGCCUUCCUCCAAAAUGCCCCUCUUUAAUACCCUUUUUGUAACACUCUUCUAGGCAGUGCUCAUUUCUGAGUUUGCGGUUAUGCAUGGCGCUAUGUGUGAACCAACCCUGAACAUGGUAAUUACUUAAUCAAGGAAUGACAUGCAGCACCCAAGAUGACAAUCCUGCCAAACCUAUGUAGUUCUGAUUUUCAAGGACUCUGUUGCUGGGUUGAAUAUGCUGAUUUCUUUUUAAUUGCUUGAUUUGAAUCAGGUUUGUCUUCAUCAUCUCUCUUCCUAGGUAGCCUCCAGGCUUUAUACAAAUCAGAGGUCAUCAGAUUUGUCUUUCAUCUGUUUUCUUGUUCAUCUCCUUCCAUGCUCAAUUAACUUUUUUUGAUCUACUGUAGUGUCAGAAAUCAUUUCUGAACUCCCAGGUAGUCCAUUAUUUCUUCCUGAUCUACAAGUAUUUUGUCCUUCUAAUCUCAAGGCUGAAUGUAAAAAUGUGAUAUUGCUUACACUAAGCAACCACAGCAUUGUAUGAAGAUUUUAUUUUAGAAUGUAUUUAUUAUAUUAUAAAAAUCUUUAUUUCUGCAACCUUCAUUGUUCCACCUCAACAGAUGGAACUGCGUAAGAAGAAUACCAGUGCAGAUGGGUAAAUACACUUGUCUUGAAGUCAUUGUUUUAAGCUUCUGAAACUAGUGGUGCUCUGCUGCAUUAAAACUGCCAUUUUGAGAGUCCACAAAACUCCUUUAGGAAACGUUUUAGACAAGCCUUCCUUCCCAGCCACGCCCCAGAGCUGAAAAUCCUCAUAGCCAAAGUUACCCUUUUUAUCUUGGUUCUCCAUUUCCACAUCCUUUAUUUGUUCUAAAGUAGUCUUAUUUUCUACCUCUAGCCUGAAUUUUAAGGGUGUUCCAAAUGUAUCUGUGGGGAAGAAUAAAGGAAGGCUGGCGUGAUGGCACUUGAAUCAAAAACUUUCUUUUCAAACAUAAACCAUUUCUGCAGUGAGUUUACACUGGCCAUGUUUACAUUGCUCUAAAAUGAUGCCUCAGCUGCUUCUGUGACCCAAAAGCUUCUUAAAUCCUUCAUUGCUACCUAUGGAAUCUGCAUGUUAGAAGGCGUUCUCUAUGGGUGACAUUGUCCUCAGUACAGGAGCCCAAACAUGGACCAGUGCACCACUUAAAUCUCCAAGUUUAAGGGUUCACAUGGUGCAUAAGUUUUUUUCCAUAGCGACAUCUUCAUGGAGGUUGAGUCUGUCUCUAAGAGUACCCCUAGAUUAUAGACUUGGCAUAAAAUGUUCACCAGGUCUCCAACUCGGCAAAGCAUUUAAGAAUAUGCCAAAGUGCUUUGCUUUGCUGAAUCAGGAGCUGGUGUACCUUUAUGGAGAGAAAUAGAACUGCCAGUAGAAUAACCAUAGUUCAAAUAAUCCUUAAAAAUGAAACUGUGUAGAAAAUACUUACUUUUUAAAACCGUCAGUUUGUGAACAGAGUUUUGUUUUUGUUUUUUCCUUUUACCAUCCAGUGAUUUGAAAAACUUAAAUCACCACUAGGGAAAAUGCUAAGUGCUUUUUCAUUAACUUGUCUCAAAAAUUGGUUCCAGCCUUAAGCAUAUGAUUUCUACUGAUAUCAUGUAAAAAGUAUAGCCACUCACCUGUUUGUGUGGCAGCAGCGCAGCCUAUCCUGAAUUGUUCCAGGAUUAAACUCCCACUCAAGAUGACAGCAAAAAAUAUUUGAACUUAAUGCUCAUCUAUGUUUGUUUGUAAUUUACAUGCUUUACGUCAUUGUGAAACCUACCAUUAGCCUCCCCUCUUUCUGUAAAAUACAUCCCUCUGUCUAACUUUCUAUGGCAUUUCUCUUGUUCUAAUUCUGACCAUUUCCCCAAAAUUAGUAUGAAAAACAAACAAAACCUUAAAAUGCACAGGGCGGAGA